CCGUGUUGGUAGGGCACCAGGUAUAAUGUGACUUUUCCUUUCCUACGGGAAAAGCCAUCAGUAACCAUGUCCGUUCUUGAAGAGGCGGAGCGGGUGCUGUCGGCGCUGGACCGGGUGGGCGGCCAUCUGAAGGAGAGCGGCGACCCGGCGCUGUCGGAGGAGGUCGGCGCCCACCUGAGCCGGCUAGUGGCGCUGCUCGAGAACCCCGCCUUCGGGCGUCUGCUCAAAAUACAGGACUCGCUGCAGCGGCUCAAGGCGCAGCUGGCCGCGCACCCGUCGCUGGUGCCGUCCGACUUUGACAUCGUGGCCGAGACGGGCGACCUGGAGCUGGCGCUGACGCCGGCCUCGGCGCCGCUCGCGCCGCUCGCGCCGCCCCGGCCGCCAGCGGUGGCGCCGCGCGCGUCCCCCGGCCAGCGGGCCGCCUCCACGCCAGGGGCCGAGCCGGUGCAGGAGAAACGGCUGGAGAAUGGGAAGGAGAGGGAGCGGGAGCCGCAACCGCAGCUGGAGUCGAAGCGGGAGCCGGAGCUGGAGUUGCAGCGGGAUCCGGAGGUGGAGUUGAAACGCGGGUCGGCGUGCGCAAAGGAGCGGGAACAAGAGCUGAAGCCGGAGCCAGAGUUGGAGUUGAAGCCGGAGCUGACGCCGGAGCUGACGUCUGAACUGGGGCAGGAGCUUGAGCUGGAUCAGAAGCCGGAGCCGCAGCCGGAGCCGGAGUUGAAGGCCGAGAGGCAGACGGUGGUGGAGGCCGUGUCGUCCUACCUCGUGGACGCCCACCACAGCAGUGAGACGCUGAACGCGAGUGGUCGGCCCGAGCCGCCAAUCAUGACGGGCGCCUACGAGAGGGAGCUGGAGCGUGUGAUCGCCGAGGCCGCCAAAGGUCGCCAGGUCAUCCCGAUCCAGCUGUACAAACAGGAGGGCACUAGCUUGGGCUUCAGCGUUGCUGGGCUGACGAGCGAGCUGAACCACGAGCUCGGGAUAUUCGUACAGGGCAUCCAACCGGACGGCAUCGCAGCCAGCGAUGCUCGCCUGAAGGAGGGGGACCAGAUUUUGGCCAUCGAUGGCCAGCCUCUGGACGCCAACGUUUCCCAUCCCCAGGCCAUCAGCAUUCUGCAGCGAGCCGCAGGUCCGGUGGAGCUGGUGGUAGCGCGCGCGCCGGACCUACCGACGGGCGAGAGCCUCCCGAGCGAGGCGCCCGCCGCUGACACACCGCAGCAGCAGGAGAUGGUGCUGAACACGGAGUGGGCGCAGGUGGAGGUGAUUGACCUGGUGAACGACGGCACCGGCCUGGGCUUCGGCAUCAUCGGCGGCAGGAGCACCGGCGUCGUUGUCAAGACGAUCCUGCCGGGCGGCGUGGCGGACCGGGAUGGCCGACUACAGAGCGGCGACCACAUCCUGCAGAUCGGCCAGUACAACCUGCGCGGCAUGGAGUCCAUUCAGGUGGCGCAGGUGCUGCGCACCGCCGGCACGCAGGUGCGGCUGAUCGUGGCGCGGCCCGUGGAGCCGAGCAGCCCCGACUUCCAGGUGGACAGCUCGGUGAUCACGCGUGCGCCCAUCGUGCCCACCCGGCUGCUGGCCGACCCGGACGAGCUGGACCAUCAGCUGCAGGCGCUGCAGAACGGUUUCCCGGAGCCGUACAUCCGCGACUCGGCCGUCGACGAGAACAACCUGAUCAACGGCCAGCUGGCGGCCGAGUACGAGCUGCGCGAGCCGGCGCUGGCCGACCCGGCCGUGCUGGACGAGCUGCAGAGCCAGUACGCGGCGGCGGCCGGCCUGUCGACGGCGCCGGGCGCCGUCAGCGGCCCGCCGCCGCCGCCGCUCUCCGACACCGAGACGUGCGAGGUGGAGCUGGUCAAGGACGCCGCCGGCCUGGGCGUCACCAUCGCCGGCUACGUCUGCGAGCGCGAGGAGCUCAGCGGCAUCUUCAUCAAGUCGGUGAACCCGGGCAGCGCGGCCGACCUCAGCGGCCGCAUCGCCAUCAACGACCAGAUCAUCGAGGUGGACGGCACGCCGCUACACGGCUACACCAAUCACCAGGCCGUCGAGCUGCUGAAGAGCACCGGGCAGGUGGUGCGUCUCAAACUGGCCCGCUACAUCAGCGGCCCUAAGUACGACCAGCUGCAGAUGGCGAUCGCGCGGGACGGCGCGCCGCCGGCCUCCACCGAGUCGAGCUCGCGCACCUCCUCCCAGCCGCACCAGGACCUGGUGAGCGGCUCGUCGGCGUCGACGCAGCCGGUCGGCGGCGCCCCGCUCUCAAUGGAGCUGGCCGCGGCGGCCGAGCAGCAGCCGGCCGGCGGCGCCGCCUUCCCCGGCAGCAACGCCAGCUACUCAGAGGCCAUCGACAAACAGGUUCUGCUGGAGGACCUGGAGAAGCUGAUCGACGCCGACUAUCACGGCGAGAUCAAGCCCGAGGUGGAGACGGCGAUUCAGCUCAAGUGGGGGAAGAUUCUGGGCGACGAGUACGACAUCGUGGUGGCGCAGAUCAGCAAGUUCCAGCCGGGCGGCGGGCUGGGCGUCAGCCUGGAGGGCACCGUGGACGUGGAGGACGGGCGCGAGGUGCGGCCGCAUCACUACAUCCGCUCCAUCCUGGCCGACGGCCCGGUCGGCAUCAACGGCCGGCUGCAGAGCGGCGACGAGCUGCUGGAGGUGAACGGCAAGCGGCUGCUCGGCCUCAACCACAUGGAGGUGGUGAACAUCCUGAAGGAGCUGCCGGUGGACGUGCGCAUGGCGUGUGCCCGCCGCUCGGGCCACCCGCCGCUGCACGGCUUCGACGUGCCGUCGGCGCACGGCCGCGCCCAGUUCGCCGCCCGCAGCCUCCUGAGCGGCUCUCUGGGCCAGCUGUUCCCGUCGGACCGGCUGGUGAAGGCGAAGUCGGACGGCUCGCUGGCGUCCAGCGGCGCCACCACCUCCGCCACCGACACGAGCAUGUCGCGGCUGCGCUCGCGCAGCAUGGAGCCGCUCUCGGGGCUGGCCAUGUGGUCCAGCGAGCCGCAGGUGUUCACGCUGGAGAAGGGCGAGCGCGGCCUGGGCUUCUCCAUACUCGACUACCAGGACCCGAUGAACCCCACCGACACGGUGAUCGUGAUUCGGUCGCUGGUGCCGGGCGGCGCCGCCCAGCUGGACGGCCGCCUCAUCCCCGGCGACCGCCUGAUGUUCGUCAACGACGUACGACUGGAGAACGCCUCGCUGGACCAGGCGGUGCAGGCGCUGAAGGGCGCGCCGCUCGGCGCGGUCCGCAUCGGCGUAGCCAAGCCGCUCCCCCUGGCGGCCGACACCAGCAGCAGUCAGGAGCUGACCGCCUCGUCGCACUCGGAGACCGAGGUGGACCUGGAGGUGGCGGACGUCGAGCGGAGGUCUUCCAGUGGCGACAGCUCGUCCACAGACAUCUCCCGGCUGCAGUGUCUGGAGGGCGAGGAGGCGCUGCUGCCGCCGCUGCCGCCGGCCGACGCCCCGCUUGACCUCACCCUGGACGGCGUGGCCGAUAUCAGACAGGAGUGUGUCCCGGUGCCGGCGGUGCGGCAACCGCCCGGCCCGGCCGUGCUCCGCUACGGCGGCGAGAUCCCGCCGCUGCCCGACGAGCUUCAGCGCACCGUGCGCAUCCGCAAGGGCGGCGACGAGCUCGGCCUGAACGUCGAGGUGGUGGACAAGGGCCUCAACGGCGUGCCGGUGAAGUCGGUGACGCGCGGCUCGGCCGUGCACAAGGACGGCUCCAUCUCGGCCGGCGACUACAUCGUGUCCGUCAACAACGAGACCAUGCGCAACGUGACGCAGGCGCAGGCGAAGGCCGUGCUGCGGCGCUGUCAGCUGAUCAGCACCGACAUCACGAUCGUGUACGUGCCCAGCGCCGACGCCGCCAACCACCGGGAGGCGGCGCUGAUCCAGAUCAAGCGGCACGCGGAGAAGAUCCGGCAGAUGAACCUGCAGAACCUGCCCCGCCAGAUAUCGCCCAGGAUUUUCCCCAAAUACUACCGCUCUCCCUACUUCGGCCCGGACCCGUCGGCGGCGGACGCGACGGCCAGCGGCAGCGAUCCGGCGGCGCUGACGCGCUCCAACACGGCGCCCAACCUGAGCGCGCCGCUGGCGCGCGUCGUCGACGUGGAGCUGGACGCGGUGUCGGCGUUCUCGCUGCCGCAGACGGCCGGUGACGAGCGGCCGCCGCCGCCGAUUGGCCGGCGCGCCGAG